AUGGCCAAAUCCGUAAGUGAAAAAAAGGUUAGGAAUCACAUACCCAAUGAUCUUAUAUUCUAUAUUUUGGUAAAACUUUCUUUAAAAUCUUUGAAAAGAUUCGGAUGCGUAUGUAAAACAUGGGCACUCUUAUUUGAAAAUCCUCAUUUCCGCCGUAAUUUCAUAUCUAUUCCUCACUCUUAUGAUACAUCUCUCCUCCUAUAUGAGGUUGAAGAGUCUCAUGAUUAUUCUCGUUCUUUCUAUUCACUUUCUGGUGCGAGGUAUGAGAAUCGAGUCAAAUUAGACUUUCCCAACCAGUUUCAAGAGGAAAACCCUUUCAUUGAUUUUUAUGGUUGUGAUACUAUUACCGGAACUAUUUUCCUUACACAAGGAAACACACUUGUAUUGUGGAAUCCAGCUACCCAUGAAUUCAAGACCAUUCCUCCCAGCCCCGUUGAGUCUUUACCACCUUAUCGGGAGGUUUCGAUUGGUCUUCAUGGGUUUGGUUAUGACCAUAUUAAAGAGGACUUUAAGAUUAUUAGGUACAUACAAUUCACUUCAAUAAGUAGCGGUCGUCUUGAACGUCUCCAUGUGCGUUAUGAAGAUGUGUCGUGGAACGAAAUAUCAUAUCAACCCGAAUGGGAGAUUUAUAGCUUAAGGUGUAAUUCUUGGAAGAAACUUGAUGUCAAUAUGCCUAAGCGAUGUAAUAUUGGUCAAUUUGAACCAUCAUACAUAAAUGGAAUGUCUCAUUGGUGGUCUGAAAGUGACAACCGUGAUGAACAUUUAUUAGUUUCAUUUGAUUUGAACAAUGAGAUGUUUUUUACAACAUCCAUACCCAUAGACAUACCUUUAGACAUAGAUACAAACUUUUAUCUUGGUUUUGUGUGUAGACGAUUGGUGGUGCUUAAUAGAUUCAUUGCUUCGAUCUCGUGGUAUUUAUUAGAUACAACUACUUUUCACAUAUCAAUUUUGGGUGAACUCGGCGUGAAAGAAUCAUGGACUAAACUCUUUGUUGUUGGACCACUACCCUACAUGGAGCGUCUUAUUGGAGCGGGACAAAAUGGCGAUAUAUUCUUUCAAAAAAAAGAUGGUAAACUAGUUUGUUUCAGUUUAAGUACCCAGAAGGCCGAAGAACUUGGUGUUAGAGGAGCCCACUUUUAUGAUAUUGCAAUUUACAAGAAAAGUCUUCUCAACGUUGGAGGAAUAAAUCAUUAUAAUUGA